GGACGGAUAGAUAGAGAGAGAGAUAGAUAGUGUGUGUGUUGUAGGAGGAGGAGGAAGAAGAAGAAGAAAAAAGUCAGUGUGAAAGAGGGAGUGGGAAGCUGAGUAAACUGCUGCGAGUCGGUGGCGACCUGUGACAGAAAGAAAAUGUUCGAAGAGACGCCGAGUCGCGCGAGCGAGCGGAACACUAAGUUAGCCGGAGCGCGCGCGGUGUGCUCUCAGCUCUCGGCGGGACGGUGUUAUUGAUCCGGGAAACUCAUUCCGCGCUCACUGGUUCCGCGGAGACACUUCAGCACAAGUCUUGUAUGUGGCGACUUCCGGCUGAGACGGAGCCCGAGCCUGCACAAUUUAGUGAAAGUUUAGUUUCUUUCUCGUUGUUUUUUCGGCUCGUCAGGCCGACUCUCGCCCUCUACCGAACGGGACUCGGCUCACACUCGCACUCUCUCUCUCACACAGCAUGAAAACUCCCGGGGAAACGGGGUUCGCCUUUCCAGAAUGGGCGUACAAGCCCGAGUCCAGUCCAGGCUCCAGACAGAUCCAGCUGUGGCACUUUAUCCUAGAGCUGCUCAGAAAGGAGGAGUACCACGAUGUCAUCGCCUGGCAGGGGGACUACGGCGAGUUCGUCAUCAAAGACCCUGACGAGGUGGCCAGACUGUGGGGGGCGCGCAAGUGCAAGCCUCAGAUGAACUACGACAAACUCAGUCGCGCUCUCAGGUAUUACUACAACAAACGGAUCUUGCACAAAACUAAAGGCAAGCGCUUUACCUACAAGUUCAACUUCAACAAGUUGGUCCUCGUCAACUACCCCUUCAUAGACAUGGGGUCUGCAGGUGUAGGUGUUCCUCAGAGCGCUCCUCCCGUGCCCACAGGGGCAGUGUCUCAUUUCCGUUUCCCCCCCUCCACCCCAUCUGAGGUUCUGUCCCCCAGCAGUGAGGAGCUGAGAAGCCCGGGCUCUUUCAGCAGCGUGGCACGGCGCCUGGCUCGCGGCUCCGUGUCUGACUGCAGCGAUGGCACCUCUGCCAACUCUGAGAUCGACGAGGGCGGCCUCGGCGUCGGCGCAGCUGAAGAGCGGGUGCCUGAAAGAGGCUUCAGGAGCGCCAUGCCGCCUCGCCUGACCCACGACGCUCUGUACCAGAUGUACAGAAAUCACGGCGGUCACAGGGGUCAUCGCGCUCACCCAGAGCCGCUCUCGCCCUUCGCCCCUGCAGGCUCGGGCCUGUUGGCUCCACCACCGCUCUCGCCUGCCCUGCCGGUGACGGCUGGCACACAUCUGCCCUACACACCGUCGCCCACGCUGUCCCCCAUGCCAGGCUCCAUAUUCUCCUUCAGCGCUGAGGACAUGCAGCGCUACCUGCAGGCGCAUACGCAGAGCGUCUACAAUUACCACCUGAGCCCGCGUGCCCUCUUCCACUACCCCAACGUGGUCGUGCCUCACCCACAGCGACCCGAGAAGCCUCUGCCGAGUACCACCGAGCGUCCGUCCGUCCUCACUCACUCAUACCCGCUGGCUCCAGCUGACGACGUCCAUCACGCCCCCUUUAAGUUCAAGCUGCAGCCCCCACCACCAGGCAGGAAGCAGCAGCGUGAGGCACAGGGACACCAGGGCUCCCUCGGCUCUUCACUCUCUUUCGGCAGUGAUCUGAGCUCGGGCAUCGUCUCCAACUCUUCAUCAAGCGGCUCGCUCAACAGCACAGGCCUACCCAAGAUAAAGGUCGAGCCCAUCUCUGACAUCGAAUCUGAGGAGGAGGUCGAAGUUACUGACAUUAGCGACGAGGAAGGAGACGAGCGAGACGACGAGUUCUUCUCUGCCCACCGCCGCGACAAUCACGACCACCACGAGCACAUUUUCGGGCGCCAGUCCAACGGCACUUCUGCUCCUCAUCAGUAUGACGACUCGGAGGAAGAUGUGUUCAAAGCCCCGGCUCCUCCACCAUUCUUUGGUCCACCUUCCUCAUCGUCGUCCCGUGGCGGCUUGCCCGUGAUAAAGAGCGAGCCGGACAUGCCCCCGGCCCCCAGCGGGCACGGACAGGCCCCUUUGCCCUCUCCCUCUCAGUGCAUCCCACUAAAACUGCGCUUCAAGCGGCGCUGGGACCAGGAGCAGCACACCGAGGAGGCCGAGGAUAAAAAGGUCAAGGGGGACAAAAAGAACGGCGAGAGCAGCGGAGUCGAGAGGGAGGACAGCGAGAACUCCACCCCUCACAAACUGAGCGCCGAACUGCACCGCGCAGCUGCCCAGCUGUCUCUGGAAAACAAGGACUGCUGAUACAAGGGACGUGAUAAGGUCCAGACGCGCGCGUCCAGAACAAACACCGACGCCUACAGUGCUCGAAACAACGACCGCUGACGUUCACACGCUCGCAGACCGACAUGGCUCUUUUUCGAGAUCUUUGAUACUGACGGACGAAUACACACACGCGCACCAGCACUCACGACGGCAGCCCGCAAACAAUACCGACACCCUUCUCUUCACAAACAAGCGUUUUCGUUUCAGAGCUCACCAGUGUAAACUUUGUCCGAAGGUGACUGUAAUAAGGAAAAAGUAACCCGCGCGCACCACUGACCCUCAGGAGACUUUGACAAUUGGCACUGGAGGAUAUAUUUUUUAAUCUUUUUUUUUUUUCUUUUUAUUCAGUGAAGUGCCUGCAAACGAAUCCCUCAGACCCCCACAGACAGCAGAGAGAAAGUGCAGAACAAGUCUCGGACUCGAGCGAUCACACGACGAACGGGCAGAUCAGCGAUCAUUAGCUGUGGGCGGAGUUUUUGUCUGCCCGUCCUCGGAGAGGCACUGUUGCGAAUGCUCACCGAGCUCUAACCAGCCUGGCCAAGUUGCUCAGGGACUCUGUGGCGUGCACGUGCGCACACAUACAUACAUGCAGACACCUCUCUGUCUCACACACACUCACACACACAUUACUGAUAAAUCCACCUGUUGCUUGUGUGAAACCUGCGCUGGGCUGCGUUUCUCUUAAACUCCUCUGCCUCAUGAAAAUCAAUAUAUGUUCAAGCUAGGAGUGUUCACGGCACCUCGUGUAACUCCUCUAACGUGUGACAGUUUUUGGAAAGCAAGCUCGGGUGGUUGGGAGUGUGUGUGUGCGUGUGUUCUAAUGUUUGAGCGCUCUCAGGAUCUCUCUUCUCUCUGUGUAAACCAGCUCACCUCAGUGCUCUCUCUCUCUCUCUCUCUCUCUCUCUCUCUCUCUCUCUCUCUCUCUCUCUCUCUUUUUUUUUUUGGCUCAUUCUGGGACCAGAAAAUACUGUUGUAUUCCAUUCUUCUUCUUUUUUUCCUGUCUGGAUGAAAGGAUUUGUGUUUUAGAGCUCUGACGAUCACAGAUCUGUUUUGGCUAAAUGCAGCUUCGGGAUCACUGCUGACUGGAGCGAAGGUGGAGAUUUUGUUUUGCUCUUUAUUUUUUAUUUUUUUUAUUUUAAACGCAUUGUUGUCCAACAUAAUCACUCGUUCUUGGUUCUCAGCGCUCACUGUGUGAGUGAUCAGUGUGUCAUUCGGUGCAAGAGAGGGGCCGGAGGGCUACGCUUUGGGUUGUGUAAGUGUAGGCAGUGUUGGGUUUUUUUUUUUUUUUUUAAAUACACCUGUGUGGGAAUUGGAGUUCCUCUCAUGUAAUCCUACAGAACCUCCUGGGGAAUUGUGGGAAGUGUAGUUUUUUUUUUUAAGCCGUCUUUGUGGCGUAUGAGGCACCUGAUUCUGAUUCAUCCUUCCCCUGCACACUAACCGAUAGCAUAACAGGCCAGAAUUUUACACUGCCUUCUAGCAUGUCGAGACAAAACCAUGAAAACUCAGACUAUUUUGUUUCUCUCUCUCUCUCUCUCUCUCUCUCUCUCUCUCUCUCUCUCUCUCAACCUGUUAUGUAUAUUGUAUGACUAUUGUAAGCUGCAGUUGUGGAACCAUAGCAUUAACAAUAUGUGAUUUUUAUCCAGGGUUUUGAAAGAGGUUUUGUUUUAAAAGGCCUGGACUUCAUACGUAGGCGUUUUUGGGUUGGGGUUAAUUUUUAUUUUUGGUUAAUUUUGAUACUUGUGUAUGAAUUUUUAAAAUGAAACAUGACUAGCGAAAGACAAAAUCACACCAAGCAUUCUAUCGAAGCAUAGCUCUGAACCUUAACUGAUGCAAGUGCCGCCAUUCUGUUCUAAAUCUGAGAGUGAGUGUGUGUUUGAGUGAAUGAGUGUGUGUGUGCCUCGUCUGUCCAUCUCCUGGGUAACCAGCAGUCUAGAUUUCAGCACAGUGGACCUCCUGAAGGUCUGUGAACUUUAGCCGAGCUGCGAGGACACUUGCACGCGGCGUUGGACAAGAGACCGCGUGAGAUGGCCAAUCAGAAUGCGGUGAGGGAGGGCGGAGUCUGCAUCCUGCCAUCAGGAAGAGACACAGAUCCUUUGGGCAUGUCGUUCACACUGUACAGUAUUUAACUUUCGACAGAACCGGCAAGCUUGACGGCUACACUUCUGACGUCCUCUGUCCCCCGUCCUGUUUAUGUGACUGACUGACUGAUGCCUUACUCUUUUAUUGCACCAGUAAAACUGCCCCUUGACCUUUUUUGUCCUGCCCAGGAGCCCCGCCUUCUUUUUCCUGACCCAUUGAAUGAUUUGUUAGGUCUCUCUGGACCGGCUGCGCUGAGGAAGACAUUACUUUGUGCGAGGGACACGGCGCAGGACUACAUGUUUUAAGCAGGUUAAUUUCUCUUUCGACUUUUUUUGUUUUUUUCCUUUUUUCCUUCCAUACGAUGUCAGAUUUGCUGUUUGUGAUAUAAUUAUCAUUAUUGACAUUUUUUCUUGUUUGUUUAUUUGUUAUUUCUCCUCAUGUAGUUUGGGUUAGUCAAAGACAUGAUCUAUUGGAGAGGAAUCUCUUGCCGGUAACCCAACCAUGUGUUAUACAUGUAACAGUUGAACCUUUUUAAAGUUGUAAAAUAACUAAAAGCUGUAAUUAUAUUUCAGGCUGAUAGCGUAUGGAGGUAGAGGGGAGACGUAUGAUUUUUAACUCCGGUCAUGUUAUGUAAUUCGUUAUUUUGUAAUGUUACUCUUCUGUUGAUCUUGCGUGUUUCUUUUUCAUUUGUGGGAUUACAUCAUUUGAAAAGAAACUAUUGCUUUAUUGCGUAUUGGUCUUUCUCUCUCGCGCUCUCUCGCUCUUUAUCUUCCUUCUCUCUUUAUUUCUGUGGUAUCACAGCUUUUAAUGACAGGUUGAGUUUUAAUAACAAAUUGUAACAUUUUAAUUCUCCUUACGUUUGUUGAUUUCUGAUGUUUU